AUGGCAGACCUAGACAUCAAUAACAUCUUCGGAGUCAAAGGCAUCGUAGCAGUAAUAACAGGCGGCGGCUCAGGACUCGGCCUCUACAUCGCCAAGGCCCUCGACGCCAACGGCGCCAAAGCCGUCUACAUAAUCGGACGUCGCAAAGCCACGCUCGACGAAGCCGUCAAGCAAGCCAAAAAUGGCACUAUCAUCCCCAUCGUCGGCGACGUAACAUCCAAAGACUCCCUCGCCGCCGCCGCCGCCCAAAUCGAGCGCGAACAGGGCUACAUCAACAUCCUCUUCGCCAACUCGGGCAUCAUCGGCAUCCAAACCCCCUCCCUCGGCCUCCCAACCGAUCGCAAGGCCACGAUCCAAGAACUACAAGCCGCGCACUGGAAACCGGAAAUCGAGGAAUUCACUAACCCGUUCAACGUCAACGUCUCCGCAGCUUUCUACACCACCCUCGCUUUCCUGACCCUCCUCGACGCUGGAAACGCAAAGGGCAACAUCACCCAGAAAUCAUCCGUGGUCAUCACAUCCAGCAUAGCAGGCUACACGCGCACGCAACACGUCGGGCUCUCCUACUCAUUCAGCAAAGCCGCCGCAACUCACAUGAUCAAAACGCUCGCGACGCUGUUGACGCCGUAUAAGAUCCGUGUGAACGGGAUUGCGCCGGGGAUGUUCCCGAGCGAGAUGACGGCUGAUAUGAAGGCGCUUCAGGGCGAGGAUCCGCGGGAGGAGGGCGCGGUGGAGAAGGGCGUGAUUCCGAUGGAGAGGUGUGGACGCGAGGAGGAGAUUGCGGGGACGGCGGUGUAUUUGGCGAGUAAGGCCGGGGCGUAUUUGAGUGGGUGUGUGGUUGUGCCGGAUGGGGGGAGGAUGGGGGGGAUUAGUAAUAGUUAUUAG